UAACAAUAAUUUUUUUUCAAAAGUCAACACGUAUAUAUUUUUAACAAUAUUUCAAAUCGGAGCUUUACUUAUUAAAGAGUAUUAUACAGCUUGUACGAUCGAUUUAUUUAUGUCAAAAUGGUUCUAUUAACUAUGAUAGCUAGAAUACCUGAUGGUUUACCAUUAGCAGCUUCUAUGCAAGAUGAUGAACAGGUCGGAAGGAAACUGGUCGAGUAUCAAAAUCAAGCAAAACUUCUUUUCAAAAAGUUAAAUUUCCAAUCUCCUCCACAGUGCACAAUUGAAUCCGUACCAUAUUACUUUCACUACUUAAUUGAAAGAGAUGUUUGUUACUUGGUAUUAUGCGAGAAAAAUUUCUCUAAACGAUCUGCAUUUAGUUUCUUAGAAGACAUAGCUGCAGAAUUCAAUAAGCUAUAUGGCAAACAAGUGUCAACUGUUACGCGUCCUUAUACAUUAAUAGAAUUUGAUAACUAUAUACAGAAAGCCAAAAAAAAUUAUAUAGAUUCCAGAGUACGUAGAAAUAUAAACACAUUAAAUAAUGAACUUCAAGAUGUGCAAAGGAUAAUGGUUCAAAAUAUUGACGAUGUAUUACAAAGAGGAACAGUGUUAUCAGAACUCGAUACUAAAGCACAAAAUUUAUCAAUAUUGUCAAAAAAAUACAAAAAAGAAGCAACCAAUCUCAAUUUAAAAUCAAUGUAUGUAAAACUUACUGCUGCAGCGGUUUUUGUUAUUGUAUUAUUUUUAUAUUUUUAUGUGUUAUAAAUUGUAUUUUAUAUUUAUAUGUUCUGCAAAAGGUUGGGGGGAAGUCAUAUUUUCUUAAAAAUGAAUAUCUAUUAUAAAAAAGUAUAUAUAUAUAUAUUUAUAAAUAAAUAAUUUUUGAAACUUGCCUUUUAUUUAUGAUUUGAUGUAUAGUAUUCUUCUUCAAGCUCAUACAACUCUGUUGACAUAUCAUCAACCAAACUAGUUAACUUUCUAUCACACUCUACUUGUUUUGUACGAAAGAGCUUUGAAUUUUGGGCUAUUGCUUCAUUUACAGAAGGGAAAUCAUUUAAAAUUAAAUAUUGUUUCAUAUCUGAAACAAGUUUUAACAAAGACUCUCCAGCUCGAACAAUGUUUGCUGCUCGAACUUCCAUUUCAAAUGCUAUUAAUUCACUUCUAGUAGCUUUAGAAAUUUGCGUUUGGUCAUCUUCGGUUUUGCAGAGUUUCACAAUACCUAAAAUUUGAAAAAAAAAUAGUUAUACUCUAUACAAAAGACAAGAAUAUAUAAAAUUAGGUGCUGAUCUAGCCUAUAAAAAGGGGAAGUGUCUUUAAGUGGAUGUCACAUUUAAAUUUAUUUAAAGACAUAUGUAAGGGCUAAAGGGUCUUAGCCCCUCCCCCAUAGGAGUUAAUGGAAAUAGCGCCACUAAUGGAAGCUGACGCCUCUACAGCGUGGGUUCCAAUUGACACAAAUACAACCAACAAACUAACUACAUAAAAAAAAAAAAACAAGCUAUCACUAUAGUUGGCAAAGUCAAAAGAUGUCCAUUGAUGCAAGAUACAUAUUCUUGAUAAAUGCAUAAUGAUAAUGCACUUAUACAAUUCUAUCUUAAUGUAAUAUGAUGUUUUUAUGAUUUAUAUUAUCAAUGACCAUAUCAAUAAAUAAUUUGAAAAAUCGAUUAAUUUGGUAUAAUCGAAACUUAUUGAUACUUUGGUACAUUUUGCCCAGCUCCGUACGACGUUUGAAAAUAAAUAAUACAAUAAAUUCCUCACCUUCAAAAUUUUCUAGCAUACACUUGACAUCACUUUUCAGCCGAUUCGUAUACGAUUUAGUAACAUUCAUGGAUGUAGACAUUGCUAAAUACUAAUGAUUUUAAAUCAAUUAAAACCAAAUAAUUGAAAAUUUGAAUAUUAUUUCGACUUUCAAGUUGUUUGACUUCGUAGUUCGUAAAUAAA